AAUACAAUGAACCGUAUAUUGAAAGUGGUGCAAGAGUUGAAGCCUCUCUUACUGAUGAUGCUGGUGCAGGUUGCAUAUACUGGAAAUACUGUAAGUACUAGCCUCGCCAUAACUGAUGGAAUGAGCAUUAAAGUAUUCACUGCUUACCGUCAAAUUUUCGGAGCAGCUAUCACUAUUAUUCUUGCUCUUAUUUUUGAGAGAAAGAACAGGCCAAAGUUGACAUGGAGGGUGCUCUUGAUGACAUUUCUUUGCGGAUUAUUUGAAGGGAGUUUAUUCCAAAAUCUUUUUUUCACCGCCAUAGCGUUGGUAUCAGCAACAUAUGCUAACGCUAUUUUCAACAUGGUUCCUGUGAUCACUUUUAUCCUCUCCUUCCUGUGCGGCUAUGAAAAGUUAAAUUUGCAAACCACCGCAGGGAAAGCUAAGGUGAUGGGAACGAUAAUUGGAGUUAAUGGGACAAUGAUGUUGUCAUUCUUUAAAGGAGUAGAAAUAAAUAUUUGGAAAAAUAUUCACAUUAAUCUCAUGCAUAAAAAAGACAAUAAUGAGAUAAGAGCAUCUGAUGGAAAAGAAUGGAUAGGUGUUCUAAGUGGUAUUGGAUGUUGCUUCAGUUUUUCAGUGUGGCUCAUCAUUCAGGCUAAGCUGAGUAAGGAAUAUCCAAGCCACCACUCAAGUACAUCGUUAAUGAAUUCAAUGGCGGCAGUACAAGCCACACUCUUUGCCCUUUGUGUUGAAAAAGAUUGGAAUCAAUGGAAGUUGCCUUCAGCUAUUAGGAUUUUGGCGACACUCUAUUCGGGAAUUGCAGUCACUGCAUUUGUGAAUAUUAUCACUUCAUGGUGUGUACGGAAGAAAGGUCCAUUAUAUGUAUCUGUAUUCAAUCCCCUUGAGCUUGUGCUCGUGGCUGCCACUGCUCCCCUCUUAUUACAAGAGAAACUAUACCUUGGAAGUGUACUUGGCGCAUCGCUAAUUGUGUGUGGCUUGUACAUGGUGCUGUGGAGUAAAAGCAAAGAAAUUAAACCACAAACUGAUUUGGUGUUAUCAGAGACAGAAUUAAGUACGACUGAGGUUGUUGUAGUCUCUGCCAACGAUAAGAGUGAUCAUGUUAGCAAUAACCAGGUGAAUAGUAAUAGCAACACUGUAAACAAAGGCUCUUAA